GCCUGGAGGGACUCAGAAGCCACAUAACCUGAUGGAGGAACUGGCCAAGAAAGAGCGGAGGGCGAUGGACCCCGGUCGCGUGAAGGAGAAGGAGGGAAAGGUGGAAGAGGAGGCUGGAGACGAGGGAAAAGAGGAGGAGGGGGAAGAGGAGGAGGAAAUCACCGCUGAAACCUUGCGGGGCAAACCCCGACCUCUGCCCAUCUCAGCGCUACCAGCUUUCAGUUACAUCCCGCCAAGGCACCAGGGCCCCAAGGAGCUCAGCUACUUCGGUCGCGAGGGCCAGACGGGGAUUACCUCCCUCUAUGACUGUGUUUUUAAGAGGAGACUAGAUUAUAACCAGAAACUACAUCGAGACGACAGAGAACAUGCAAAGAACCUGGGGCUCCAUAUUAAUGAGGAGGAACAAGAAAGGAUUGUGCCAGUGCUGAUGUCCUCUGUCUAUGGGAAACGCAUCAAUCAGCCCAUUGAGCCCCUAAACAGAGACUAUGGCCAUGUGAACCACGUGAAGACCGACUUCUACAGGAAGAACGAGAUCCCCAGCAUCAUGGGGACCGGCUUUGGGCACAUCACUCCAGCCUGAAGAAGUCCUGUGGUUUAUAGGGCACUCUGAGGUACCCUAUCAGCAAGUGAUGUAGUAUACAAACCAUUUUCCUGUUCACGUCACCUAUAGCUAGCUGUAAGGAUGUUCUUUGACCGCAGGAGGAUAAGCGCGCAUAUAUCUAAGGUGGUCCUGGGUCAGAAACUGGACAAGCACUUUUCCUUAUGUUGAAAGCUUUAGCAUAAGGGUUUUCACUGGACUUAUUUAAAACAACACUGACUGAUUCAUUCUGAGACCCAGAAUAAAAGAAAAGCUUGCCUCC